UAGCAGACAGCUUUCAAAAACAGUGCGCGGUUGGUGCAGUCUCCAUGAUUUCCGAAACUUUGAAUUUACACAAAUUAAACAUCAACAAGAUUAUGGACAACACAUCUCCUUUUUAUCGGCUGUGAAUAAAAGUGUUGCCGCAAAGCAGCUGCCGAAAUGAAGUGUUUGAAGUUGGACGAAUACAUCAAACGGACGGCCUCUGUGAAAGAGACGGAGCUUUUACUUCAAGAACUACAGAGUUAUGUGAAGAGUCAACUAGGCCUUCAGGGUCGCACACUGUGUGACAGGGUCAUCAGAGCCUGUAACCACCAGCUCGGAGUUGGAUCCCCUAACAUUGACCAUGUCGGUCAGCUGGUCCAGCUGGUGGAGCUCUCCCUUCAGGGAUAUGAUAUUUCUGCAGCACUUGUUGCUCAGAUUCCACUGUACAUGGAAAAGAUCAUUUUCCACAUUGUCAAGAAGCUAAGCUCCCUAGAAGCUCACAGUCAUUGCAGCCAUAUUGCUGGCCUGCUUUACAGCAGGCUUACCCCAGCCCAACAGGCUGAUGACUACUGUGUUCUUGUGCGGAGCUGUUUCUCAGUGCUUUGGAAUGGGCUUUCUGCUAAAGACAAGAAAAUCCUGAAUCCCCGCGACAAACUCCACUGCCAGAUGCAAGCUCUAAGCUUCCUCCUGCUGUUGGACACCCCCACUUUCUCCAAAGCCCCCAUCUACACAGAGGAUGCCAUCGGAGAAUUUGAGAGUAGCUGUGAAGCAGUAACGAAGGACGAUGCUUCUUUUCUUCUCAAGGAAAUGCACACACUUUUCCACAGAUGCUGGAUUAGCGGUCAAGGCAAUGAGGGAGACGUGUCCAACCAGUCUACUGAUGCAUCAAGCUUGUAUACGCUUUCUGAGAUGGUGCUGAUUCUAGUGAAGGUGCUUUGCAAGGCCGGCCACUAUGAUCUGGCCUCCACCUUCUUAAAUGACAUCAAGAGCAAGGUCAUAGACUCUGCUGGGUCUCAGUGUACAGCUGUGGUUCUCGCCAAAUGGGCAGUAAAGAUUCAUUCUACAAUGAAGGCUCGUGGGGAGAGUGGCCAGGCUCUGACAGAGUGUGCCAGGACCCUGAGGUCUCUUUCAGCUGACCUGGGGGACAGAGAAGCUCAUGCAGUCCUGGAAGGUUGUGGGCUAGUUGUUUGGGCUAUCGAAAGUGGCGACAGCAAGGGAUUAAGCGGACCUGUGCUCCUGGCGUGGUUUUCUUUUCUUGAGGAGUAUCAAGAACAGAUAUUAAGGAUGCUAAAGAGGAAUUCAACAUGCCAGGCUGAGGGCAACAGACUGCAGCAGGCCCUUUGCUUCAGUAUUUACCAAGGCUUCGUAUUUGCUCAUGACAGCAUGAUCGCAUCUCAGUUGGAGGAUGAUGACACACUGGAUAGAGUGCUGCUGUACUGCCAAGCCACAGCUGGACUGAUGAUGACUGAACUGCGAAAAUUGUCGAGUGAAAGCCUUCUCAUUAAAGCCGUGAUGGCUGUGAGCAACUUAGCUUGUGGAUUUUACAACCGCCGACUUUAUGACCAGGCCUUCACAUUAGUUGAGAUCCUCUGCAAAGAUCUAUGCAAGAAUUGUCCCGCCUCACUCUCUGCCGACAGGUUGUGCCGACCCUUCAUGCUGGCCGUGCAGACGUCUCGGCGGGCUGGAAAACUGGAGCGAGCGCUGGACUGGGUUAUUCUGUGGUUGAAGGCUCUGGGGGACAAUAUUACUACUCAUAUGGCUGAACCGGUCUCUCUGUGGGCAAAAACAAAGACAGACGCUGCCCGUAACUCCGAGGAGGACAUCCGUCUCCGGACAUUACACGAUGGUUUUGGUGCUGACGUCCCAGAUGAGCCAGUAAUGCUUUGCCUUUUGGAGGAAGAGCUGCGUGCCUAUAAGGAGGUGGCAGGAGACACGGCCCAGGAGCGUUACAACACACUCUGCGACCUGUUGGACAUAUGCCAUGAGGACAGCUCCCACACCCAUCUGCGUGCAGUCUACCUCUGUGAAAUGGCCCAAGUUGUGUGUUACCAGGAUUUCAGUGAACAGACUGACUGCACGGCCGAUGAUUUUACCCAUGAAGCUUUACGUCUGCUUGAAGAAGAGCCAGUGACUCCAGAGAAUGUUGACAGACUGAAGGAUGAUAAAGCACAUGCUUUACUUUGGCUCUACAUCUGCACUCUGGAGAAAAAUCUUCAGGAGGCCAUUGAAAGGGACAAAAAACUGCGAGAGCUGCGUGAGCAGACACGGUGUGCAGCCAAUCCCAUAGGAACCAAUGAUUUUGAUUAUGAAGACAAACAGAAGACACAAGACAGCAUCCAGGUCUAUGAAGGCCUGCAUUUCAACCUGGCUGCAGAGAACAAGCUGUGCAAGCCUCUGGAAGGAGCGCUGGGUGAGUGGUCUGCUCUUCUGCAGAGUAAAGUGCUGCCUUCUGUCAGAAACCCCAAACAGACCUGUAGCUCCAUCGCUGUGGCUGCUGCUCUCUUCAAACUCAUGGGAAAGCCUUUGAAGGCUUUGGAAGCUUACCAACUUGCGAUUGGACUUUCGCGCCAACUUGCUGAUGCCCACGGAUGUGCCAGUUCCCUCUGUCAGUCAGCCAGCAUCCUUCUGGAAAUGGGCACCCCUGAACUGGCUCUGGCCCAGCUAGAGCAAGCAGAAAAGUUUCUUACCUCGGUUCCCGCUGCUGAUGGACCUUCUUCUCUCUCUGCGCUGGCUGUUCUGUUGAAAGCUCAGUGCUGCUACAGCACAGGACAGGUGGAUCGUGGAGUAGCUUAUCUGUGUGAGGUGCUAAAAGAAGUGAACGAGCAGAGGCCGUCAAAGAGCUGGUACCUGCUGCGUGCUCGGACGCUCCAGACCUGCAGCUCCUAUCUGAGUUUGGACACUGCUGCACUGUCACAAGCCCAACGAAGCUUAAUCACACAGCCUGGUAUAAACAGCGCAAACACUGCCCUGUAUGAAAGUCUGAAGCUUCUCUGCAGCCUGCUGGUCACGUUAGUGGGGAAGGGCCUAUACGGGACUAACGGCAGCAGCUCAGACAUGCGCUUUGUCGACCAAGGAGACAACUUGGUGCUGAAGUGGCAGCUGCUCUCAGACCUGUUAAACUGCUCUAUGAAGAUGGUGGCUGUGAGGAGCAGCUGUGGAGCCAUCAAUGAUGCCAGGCUCCAGUGUCUUGAAGCUCUCAAACUGGCCACCAAGCUGCAGGCCCUCAGCCAAUGUGCCGAGCUGCUGGUGAUGAAAGCGGAGUUGGAGCUAAUGCAAGGGGAGAGAGAGGAAAGUAGAACUGAUUUAAACCAAGUGAGGGACCUCCUGGAGCUCUGCACAGAUUUUUCUAAUCCGGUGCAGAAGGCAGAAGUGAAAAUCAAACCUAGGAAAGGUCGCCCAGCUCUGAAAUCUCAGUCGCCCCUGCCUGCCUUUGAGGACGAUCUUGAGGGCAUCCUGAGCACUAGGUGGAUGGGCAAAGAAGCUAUAGAGAGGGAUCUGACCAACUCCCCGCCUCUCAAAGCCCAGCCUCGCCGCUGGCUCUCCUCCCUGGCCCAUGACUCUGACUGCCAGUGCCCAUGCUGCUCUGAGCCCUGUCUGGGCCGUGCCACUGCUCGCUGGGCAGCCACGCAGGCUGAUCUGGUCCACCAGCUGGAUCCCAAUGAAGCCAAAGUCAGUCUGAAACUUCAAUCUGCAACAUUAGCUCGCUGUAAGAGUGUCGCUGCCAAACUUGGGGCAAAAUUGGCAAAACUCUUCCCUGCCAAUAGUUCCAUUAAACCCUCCCUGAUGCAGGACAUUGUGGGCCGUGUGUAUCUUCGCAUGGCCUUGUCUGGGCUGGAACCAAGGUUGAACAAGGUCUGCGGUAUAUGGAGAGUCCUUGAAGCUGGUUUGGCAUUUGUUGAUUCCACACCCUCUCCUGUGCUUAGACCUGUGAAAGCAGGCCUAAUGGCAACCAAAGCCAUUAUGUCAUUGGUUACCUUGGCUGCAAAAAAAGGCUGCACCCCUGAGGAGCUUUUCUCAAAUGCUUGGGCUUGGAAUGCACCAAAAGAGGAUAAAGAGCCAAAAUCAGAACAGAAAGCGGCACCUUCAUCAUCCUCACUGAAGAAGCCUAAAACGUCCAUUAAAAACCCAGAUGUUCUGGACAAAACAAAGGAGGACAAGAAGGUCAAGCUUGUCGUGCCCAGAAUUAAAGCGACAAGUGCUUCAGCUAAAGGAAAGGGACCAAAGACACCAGUAAUGGCAGGGUCCAAGGCAUCUGUGGAUCUCGGCUCUUUUGACUUUAACACAGAGGUUCCUACUUUGGCCUGUACUCCUCAUCAGAGGGUGAAAGCCCCUGCCUCAGUGCAGAAAGCUGGGAGGACGGCCCCUAAGCUACAGUUUCAUGUGUAUGAAGAGUUGAGCCCAGUCCAAACUGUGCCUGCGGCCCCCAAACGCACAAAGAAAUCACGUUUCAUGGUGCAGUUUAGCGAUGAGAGUGACACAGAAGCCAACACCAAGGCAGAGCCCAAAGAAAAAACAGAUGUCCCUAAAAAGCGAACCACCACAAGAAGAGCUGCCCAGAGCACUAAAACAGCCCCGGAUCCACCUGCAGAGACAGUCCAGCCCAAGAGGCAAACCAGGGGUAAGAAGACCACGGCACUGCCUCGGUCGACUUCCUCCGAGGAUGACAGGAUGGCGGUCAGUCGGGCUGCCUCAACGAGAAGAGGAAGAGCCAGAAGGGAACUGUCGAGGGCUGAGGCGGAUUCAGAGGAGGAGCCAGACAAGAUGAGGACCAUUGAGGAAGAAACUCCCGAAGUUCUGGACAUAAGCAUCGAGCAGCUAAGGACAUCAGACACUGAGGCUGAAGACAAUCCUGCUUCAAGUAAAGAUACCGACAUAGAUUUCGAGGUGUUGCGGAGAGACAUGUGUUGUGACUUGGAGAGAGAUGACUUGUCUGAACUGAGGAGCAGAGGUCAUCUGAGAGGAGGUCCACAAACGCACCUUUCCCAUUCAGACGCCAGGCCAGACAAUCUUUCUCUGGAGGACGUGGAGUCAUUGCUCCGCUCAGCCUGGUUGGCCCUCCAGCACUUCCCCUCCCCCACCAUCUACACGACCCUCUGUUCCCUUCUGGGCUUGACCAGGGGACAGCAGGACCCUGUAACUACAGCAAUGUUGCAUGCCCAGUCUUUAGGCAUCACAAGUCGUCAUCGCACAAUCAGGCAUUUAGCCAGCUGUCUCAAAAAAAUUAAAAAGGCAUCCAAUGAGCUAGCAGACAAGAUGGAUGCUCUGAGUCUGGAUGAGCUCAGUCCGGGCGAGUUCAAGAACUCGACCGAAGAGAGGUUGUCGCAGUUGGAGAACAUCUUCUCUUUCCCAACCACUGACUCAUCUACUUUCCCCAAGAGCCACUGUCAAGAGUUCAUCCAACAAAUUCAACAUCUUCCCCCAGGGGUGACUGUGUGUUUGAUGUCUGUGCUUGGAGUAAAACCCGGGGAGAUGGGUGACAGCAUCAUGCUCUCACGUCUUGAAAAAGGGUCUGCCCCCGUCACUGUGCACUUCCCCACCUCGAAACAACAGGUGAGGAUGCACCCCAUCAGUUGGCUGGUGCAGGAGAUAGAUAGCAUUCAGGUGGAGCAGAAGGCUGUGAGCUGUGUGACUGAGAAGGCCAAGUGGUGGGAGGGCCGCAGAGCGCUUGACUCUCGAGUUGAGCUACUGUUAAAGGAGAUGGAGGGAUUGCUGGGAUGCUGGAGGAGCUUUCUUCUACCCCUUUCAAUUGAUCCUGAGCUCUCCAGACACACCAAGCAGCUUUGCAGAGCUUUGUCUGCAAAGGGGGUGACGGUCAGCGAGGAAAUGUUGAAGGCUGUGCUGUCUGCCUCUCCUGUGCUCUCCCAAGACGACCUGAAGAGAUUUUCUCGGGGAUUUUCUUCACAAUGGGACACGGAGUGCGAGCAGCUUCUCCUCACAGCAGUGUCCCAGCUCCAAGACCAAGAGGUUUCUAAAAAGCCACGUGGUCACGUAGUUCUCAUCCUGGACAAGUACCUUCAGAAGCUGCCGUGGGAGAGCAUCUCCAUCUUAAGGUCUCGCUCUGUCAGCAGGAUGCCUUCUCUGCACUCACUGAUUGGACUGAGCAUUCAGAAAGAGACUGACUCUAAGUCCAUCCUGAAGCAAGGUGUGAACACAAAGCAAGUGUUUUAUGUGCUGGACCCUGAUGCCAAUUUAGGAAACUCUCAAGACCGAUUCAAGGAAUGGUUUACCAGCCAACUGGAUUGGGAUGGUGUGUGUGGAGUUGCUCCUGAUUCGGGUCAGCUGGAAGAAGCUGUUGCUACAAAGGAUUUAUACAUUUACGUAGGUCACGGUGCAGGCGCACGUUUCCUCGACAGCCAGGCAGUCCUGAAACGGCAGAUGAGAGCAGCUUCCCUGCUGUUUGGCUGCAGUAGUGCUGCUCUGGCAGUGCGCGGUGAUCAGGAAGGACAAGGCAUCAUCCUCAACUACCUCAUGGCAGGCUGCCCUUUCGUUUUGGGAAACCUGUGGGAUGUUACUGAUCGGGAUAUUGAUCGCUUCACCAAAGCCUUGUUGGAGUCCUGGUUAUCUGCUGGAUCUGGAGCUCCACUCCUGGAUUAUAUGGGCCCCUCACGUCAGGCCACACACCUCAAACACCUCAUAGGAGCUGCACCUGUGGUCUAUGGCUUACCAGUUCACCUGCAGUAGAGGGGCUGGUAAACCAAACCUCUAAUAAAAACGAGAUGUAAACAAUCUAUACAGUAUGUUAGUGUAAAGUGUAAUUUCAUCAUCAAGCGAGCUGCAGGACAUGACUUUAUUUUAAAGUUGAAUCUGUUUUUUUGCAGGUUUUGGCAAGAUUAAAGUCCUGUCUUUUCUUUAUUUAAACCAAUGCUUACAUUUUUUAAACAAGUGUUUUUAUUCUGUGAUGAAAUAUCUUGCUCAUUUUAAAGUGUUUUAAAGCACUUUUAAUGUGUUGAUUUAACAUUUUUUCUAAAUAAAGGUGUUCUAAUAUAA